AUGAAAUCAUGUCAAGACAUUUGGAGUAAAACAAGCCAACGUGAAAACACGACCUACAGACUCUUCAUUGAUAACAAAACAACAGACAUUUACUGUCAUUUGACUGAUGACAUCUGUGGAGGUGGGGGAUGGACGCUGGCCAUGAAAAUCGACGGCUCAAAGGAUAAUUUUCGCUACAACUCGGUUUUAUGGACCAAUAAGAAAUCCUACAAUCCGAUAGCAGGUCAAACCGGUUUUGAUAACAACCAAACCAAGAUGCCAAGUUACUGGGCGAUGCCUUUUGACAAACUGUGUGUCGGUUUGAAAGUUAAUGAUACCCUUAAAUGGACUGUUAUCCCAUAUAAGGCUUCAUCUCUCUAUGACGUCAUUGCUAAAGGAGAGUAUCGACCAACAAACAUCAGUAAAGCCAAAUGGUUGUCCCUGAUUGAUGGAGCCAGACUGCAGGAAAAUUGUAACAGGGAAGGGUUUAAUACGGGUUACGAGAAGAGCGGUUAUCACCGCAUUGGCAUAAUUUCCAAUGAACAAAACGAUUGUAAUAGCGUUGACAGUUUUCUUGGGAUAGGAGCGAAGAAGAAGAUCCACAAACACACCAUUCCUUUUUCUUGUGGCAAUUUUUGUGGACAUGGAAAGACAUGUAAUGGUCGAGAGAUAUCAAUUACUGCCUUUGGUUAUAUCAUGAUACAGUAGAACUAUAUUGCCGCCUUAAAUCCAUGACGGUGUUACUACGUUCCAUAGUUUGCUCACGCUAUUGUGCACUAAAAUUACUACAAAUUAUUAUUGUUUAAUGACAGCAAUUUUAGAAAGUAUUUUCCGUGUUUCUAUUCACGCGGGAAUGUUGUGAUUCAAAACCUUUUCGAGUGUUUCCAAGUGUUCUGUCAACAAUCAAAAGUGUUCUGUCAACAAUCAAAAGUGUUCUGUUCUAACCAUGCUAACAGAGAAUGCGGAAAAUAUCGGCUUCUAAUACAUUUAUAUAAAAUAACACAACAACAGCCAUGUUUCGAAGUUCUCAAAGAAACACAGGUUUCUUUUUGCAUAUUCAACAAAUCAGUACACUUGUUAUAUAAUACUUGUUUUGUCUCACAGAUGUAACGGAAAAAAAAUUCACAAAAUUAAAUGUUUUUCAUUUUCCA